AUGACCCAUUCCUGCUGCUCCCCUUGCUGUCAACCUACCUGCUGCCGGCCCACCUGCUGCAGGACCACCUGCUGCCGGCCCACCUGCUGCCAGCCCACCUGCUGCCAGCCCACCUGCUGUGAGCCCAGCUGCUGUCAGUCCCGCUGCCCCCCAACUUGCUCUCAAACCACCUGUUGCAGGACCAUCUGCUGCAAACCUACUUGUGUGACCACCUGCUGUCAGCCUACCUGCUGUGAGCCCAGCUGCUGCCGGCCUUGCUGCCCCCCAACUUGCUAUCAGACUAGUGAAAACACCUGCUGUAGGACCACAUGCUGCAAACCCACCUGUGUGACCACCUGCUGUCAGCCCACCUGCAGUGGGUCCAGCUGCUGCCAGCCUUGCUGUCGCCCUGCCUGCUGUCAGACCACCUGCUGCAGGACCACCUGCCUCAAGCCUACUUGUGUGACCACCUGCUGCCAGCCCACCUGCUGUGGAUCCAGCUGCUGUGGACAAACCUGCAGUGGGUCCAGCUGCUGCCAGCCUUGCAGCCGCCCUGUCUGCUGUCAGACCACCUGCUGCAGGACCACCUGCUGCCAGCCUACUUGUGUGACCACCUGCUGUCAGCCCACGUGCUGUGGGUCCAGCAGUUGUGGACAAACCUGCAGCAGAUCCAGCUACUGCCAGCCUUGCUCCCACCCCAGUUGUGUGUCCACCUGCUGCCAGCCUUCCUGCUGCUGA